AUGGUCGUCGCAGAAACUGACAAAGAUGAUGAACUAGGAUCUGUCAAACGUAAUCUUCUAACUCAAGCUACCGAUUCACCAUACACUCUGAACCAUGGUAUUCUAUUCAAGAAUGAACGAAUUGUUAUUCCCAAGAGCCUUCAAGAACAAAUACUCCAGAAACUCCACUCAACACACAUUGGGAUUACCAAGAUGAAACAACUUGCCCGACGUUAUGUUUACUGGAAAAGAAUUGAUAAGGAUAUCGAAAACCUUGUUAAGUCAUGCAAAUCCUGUGCUCUUCUGCACUCAAAUCCAUCUAAAGCUCCACUGCAUCCCUGGGAUGAACCUACAAGUAAUUGGGAGCGUAUACACAUUGAUUAUGCCACAUAUGCUAAUAACAAUUUUCUGGUAUGUAUUGAUGCAAAAUCAAAAUGGCUUGAAAUCAAAGCAUUAAAUUCAGCUCCUACAGCUAUCAAUACUAUUCAACUGCUGGAUAAUAUCUUUUUCAGUCACGGAUAUCCACAAGUGCUCGUCUCUGAUAACGCAACAAUAUUUACAAGCUCAGAGUUCAAAUUGUAUUGCAAAGUUAAUGGCAUUUUCCAGAAAUUUAUUGCACCAGGACAUGCUGCUACCAACGGUCUUGCCGAAAGAACAGUCCAGACUCUGAAGUUACUCUGUGGACAAUCACCUGCAGAACUAUACCUGAAUCGCAAGCUAUGCAUCAAGUUGGAUGCUCUACGUCCUUAUAAGCCCUCCAGGCUAACUUUAAAACGACACGUAGAUCAGCUUCGUAGUACACAAGUCAAACAAGUCCGAUUUAGUCCUGAUACUAAACCAGCAUCCAGACAUCCAUCAAUUGAAAAUGUUCCAAGAUUGAACAUCGCAAUACAACCGGAUCCACAGCCGGAUCCACAACUGGAACUACAACCGGAUCCGCUACCACAAGACCAAAGACACAACCCGGUCCUAUUCGACGGUCAAAUCGGCUGCGCCAACCACCCCAAUAUUUAA